GUAUGUGCUAGGAUGUUGAUACAUUUUAUAAAUGAAAUGUUACAUUAUGAGUGGUGCAAUGCAAAAUGUUCUUCUUUCAAGUGGUUAUCUUAUGCCUCUCAUUGGAUUUGGCACAUAUAAGAUCCAAGGAGCAGAUAUAAUAUAUCAAGUUGUUGAUGAAAGUUUGAAAGCAGGUUAUAGGUCUAUUGACACAGCUACAGUGUAUAGCAGUGAAAAAGAUAUUGGUUAUGCUUUAAAAAAAUUAUUACUUAAUGAUAUCAGUUUGAUGUCAAUUAUAAUAGUAUGGAAGAUUUUGCAGACCAAAUUGCAAAGCUUUGUAUAGAAAAAUAUACAAAACUUAGUAAAACUGGUAAACCUUCAGAGACAGAAUGGACCGUACUGUCUGGUAUAGUAUUAAAAAAACCUGAUGGUUUAUUGUCUUUAGUAGCUCUGGCUACAGGGACAAAGUGUUUAGGUGAGAUAGAUUUAAUAAAUACAAAAUUAUACGAGGAAGGUUGUAGAUUAAACGAUUCUCAUGCUGAAGUUUUAUCCAGACGUGCUUUUUUAAGAUAUUUGUACGAACAAAUCAAUUUACUGCUUGAUGGCAUUAGCAGCGAUAUUUUUACAAUGGACAGUACGAAUAAAAUUAAAUUAAAAGACGGAAUAUCAUUCCAUUUUUUCACAAGUCAAACACCUUGCGGAGAUUGCUCUAUAUUUUUGAAAGAUGAAUUUUAUGAAAAUAAUACACCACCAAUGAAAAUUGGAAAAUAUGAUUGUAACGAUGAAGGAGAGAUGAUUAUGAAAUCAUGUGAUAAUAAAAAGGAACAGAUACUUGGGGAUAUAUAUAGAACUGGUGCAAAAUGUGUUAAAACUGAACAAUAUCAAGACCCUCAUCUUACUGGAGUAAAUUAUCAUGUAAUUGGGCCAUUGCGUACUAAACCAGGGAGGGGUAAUCCUACUCUUAGUUUGUCUUGUUCAGAUAAAAUGGCAAAGUGGAAUAUUCUUGGAUUACAAGGUUCACUUUUAUCAAUACUAAUACCUACAAUAAAAGUGGAGAGUAUCACGGUUGGAGGAAAAUGUCCCUUCUCUUUAGAAGCAAUGGAACGUGGAUUGUAUAAACGAUUUAAUAAGGAAGAAAUAUACAGACUAAAAAUCAUGCGAGCUAAAUUUUCUUUCCAACAGCAGAAAAAUUCUCAAAGAAAGAAUCCAUGCCCAUCGAGUAUCAUAUGGUGUGCUGUAAGACAUCGUGAUACAGAAAUAGCAGUUGAGGGUAGAAAGCAAGGAGCUACUAGAAGAAAGAAAGGUAGUAAUUUAUUUAUAACAAGACGUGCUCUUUUUGAAACAUUUUUACGGACUUGUGAUAGGUAUUAUAAUCUUCAUUGUAAUAUAAGACAUCCGAAAAAAAUAACGUAUUUGGACUGCAAAAAAUGGUCUAAGAAUUAUCAAAGUUUAUGGAACGUAUUGAAAAUGGAGUCUUUCCGCGCUUGGCCUUCCAAACCAAAUCGCGCACAAAUGUUUGUGCUGUGAAAGCUUUAAUGCAUUUUCUGAAAGCAAUUUUUUAAAGUACAAAGAUAUAUUCUUUAUUAAUUUAAAUUACAAAAGUAAUCAUACGACAAAAAUAUAACAUAU